GCGGCGGACGCGGACACCUAGGCGGACAACGGUUGCCUAGCGAAACGCUUUUCCCAAGAUGCCUAGGUUGUUGUGUUCUUUUAGCCAAUCAGAGAGGCGAAGCGACCUCACCGUGGGCCAAUAGGCUGCCAGGCCGGGGCCCGCGUCGGUUAAACCGGGCUGGAGACUGAAGUGGCCAGAUAGGUAGUGUGGCUAGGACAGGUCUCCGAGUCGGCGGAGAGAUCUGCGGGAGACCAGCGGGGAACGUCCGGGGGCCCGGCCAUGCCAAGUAGGGCGGAGGACUACGAGGUGCUGUACACCAUUGGCGCGGGCUCCUACGGCCGCUGCCAGAAGAUCCGGAGGAAGAGCGAUGGCAAGAUACUAGUUUGGAAAGAACUUGACUAUGGCUCCAUGACAGAAGCUGAGAAACAGAUGCUUGUUUCUGAAGUGAAUUUACUCCGUGAACUGAAACAUCCGAACAUUGUCCGUUACUAUGAUAGAAUUAUUGACCGAACCAACACCACACUGUACAUUGUAAUGGAAUAUUGCGAAGGAGGGGACCUGGCUAGCGUAAUUACAAAGGGAACCAAGGAAAGACAAUACUUAGAUGAAGAAUUUGUUCUUCGAGUGAUGACUCAGUUGACCCUGGCCCUAAAGGAAUGUCACAGACGAAGCGACAGUGGUCAUACCGUGCUGCAUCGGGAUCUGAAACCAGCCAACGUUUUCCUGGAUGGCAAGCAAAACGUUAAACUUGGAGACUUUGGGCUAGCUAGAAUAUUAAACCAUGAUACGAGUUUUGCAAAAACAUUUGUUGGCACACCCUAUUAUAUGUCUCCUGAGCAGAUGAAUUGCAUGUCCUACAAUGAGAAAUCGGACAUCUGGUCGCUGGGUUGUUUGCUGUAUGAAUUGUGUGCAUUAAUGCCUCCGUUUACAGCUUUCAACCAGAAAGAACUAGCUGGGAAGAUUAGAGAAGGCAAAUUCAGGCGAAUUCCAUAUCGUUACUCUGAUGAAUUGAAUGACAUUAUUACAAGGAUGUUAAAUUUAAAGGAUUACUAUCGACCUUCUGUUGAAGAAAUUCUUGAGAAUCCUUUGAUAGCAGACUUAGUUGCAGAAGAGCAAAGAAGAAAUCCUGAGAGAAGAGGGCGGCGGUUGGAACUGGAGAAGGUACAGGAUUCCAGCCUGGUCUCGGGAGAGCUGAAACUAAAGGAAAUACAGUUACAGGAGCGGGAGCGAGCCCUCAAAGCACGAGAAGAAAGGCUGGAGCAGAAGGAACGUGAGCUUUGUGUCCGUGAGAGACUGGCAGAGGACAAGCUGGCUAGGGCAGAGAGUCUGUUGAAGAAUUACAGCCUGCUGAAGGAGGAGAAGUUGCUGUGUCUGGCGGGGGGUCCAGAACUUUUUGAUCUUCCAUCCUCGAUAAUUAAGAAGAAAGUUCAUUUCAGUGGGGAAAGUAAAGAGAAUGUCAAGAGGAGUGAGAAUUCUGAGAGUCUGCUCCCCUCCAAAUCCAAGUGCAAAGACCUGAAGAAAAGGAUUCAUGCUGCUCAGCUCCGCGCUCAAGCGUUGUCAGAUAUUGAAAAAAAUUACCAGCUGAAAAGCAGACAGAUUCUGGGCAUGCGCUAGCCUGUAGCCUCGCAGAGACACAGAGCUGUGUCCGUAUUGAACAUUGCCUGCCCUCGAAAGACUGAUACUCAACUGCUGUAGCUUUACUCACCUGGUUCCGUGAGCCGUGCCAUUUUGUACAGUGAGCCAGGCCUUGCUGGUUCUUCUGCAACCAUUGUACAAAAUGCCCACACCUUUCAUUUCUCUUUCUUUUUUUUUUUUUUUUUUUUUUAAAGAACACUUCAUAGCAAGAAUGACAUUUUCUUCGUGGGUUGGGCUUUUAAUCCUGGGUGUGAUUACUACUGGAAUGGGAAGCGUUACAUUCUAAAUGUUGGGGGGGAAAUAACGUCAGGGAAAAAAAAGUACUUAGGAGUAGCUUUGAACUACUGAGUGUUGUGCUUGCGAUAGUCGUGCCUAGAUUCAAGGUUGUACAUGUUCCUGAGCUUAGAACACCUAAUUGGAUACAGAUCGGUCGCUACUGCUGGGACAUCUCGCUUGUAAGUAUCCCAUUGGUCUGCAGUGCCAAUCUGUCACCUUUGGUGAAGUUCUUCACGGUGAUGUCUGAAAUCUUCCUUUUUAUCCUAUUUGAGAGUGUAUGAGCUGGCUGUCAUUCACCCACCUGUGACUCCCUAAAUAAAAGAAUUCUUUAGUUUUC